CUGCGUUCCAAUCGCCGGAAGUGUACGUCCGGAAGCUGUUCCCGGGGUACCUUGCAACGCUGGAGCCGCCUGGACCGUUUGGCUGAUGCUGCGGAAGCUUAUUACACCUUUGAUAUAUGGCUUUAAGCUUCCAGAACCUGUUCUGCUCUGGGUCUGAAGAUUUUGAUGAUGAGGAUUUCCUGUCUGUACUAGAGGGUACAGAGUCCAGUUAUGGUAACCAUGAAGCCACAUCUGUCUGUCUCGGGCCUAUUCCUAAAACCACUACUGAAGACGCAGGGGCAGGAAAGAGUCUACAGCCCUUACCAGUGCAGAAAGCGGCUAAUGCUGAGAGAAGCUCUCCAGAGACACGAAGCGCCCCCUCCUCAGUCCAGGAUGUGGAUGAUGAGGAACUAUUGUCUCUGUGUAGUCAGCUGGAGGAAGAGGUGUCUAACGAUCAAUGUCGAGCUCCAGGACCUCAUCUGCUCCUCAGAACAGUUAACCAGACUUCACAAAAGACUGAAAAACCCCCAAGUAGUUUCUCAUUACAAUUGCGUCCGUCUCGAAGAAGUCAUGAUGCGGAACCCAGUCACUGUCUGAGUGGCAUCACUGGACAGUCACAGCAUCCAGAUUUCAGUGCCAACCAUCCCACAAUCCACAGUUCUCAUCUAAGUGGUGGAGGACAUGGACUAUGUCAGUCUCCAGGACCCACUGCUAAAAGGCCAUGUUUAAGGCCUGGUGUGGAACCUCAGCCUGUUACCCCCGUGAGGAGUGGCACCUUUAAUAACCCUUCAAAUUUUGUGUCUCCACGUUCCAUUAUGUCACCUAGUGCAUCAGGCUCAGCAAACGUUUGGCAGACUGGACCAGCCAACUCUCACCCCGUUCCCAGAACUCCCCUCUCAUCGCCCCGCCCACAUCCACCCAGUACGCUGCAGACACCAGUGGUCACCAAUCAUCUUCUACAGCUAAUGACAGCUGCUAAUAAGACCCCCAAGAAUUUGCCAUGGGAGACGCCUCCACCCAAAGAGAGGAAAUUUCCGGGGCCAGCUGGACUCCUUCCACAGCAGGGCAGUGGCAGGCGGCUGGAUGAAAUCCUGGUGUCCACUCCUCACACCCCGAGCCAUGGGGCACGUGCUAAGGUGAAUAGUAAGGAAGGGGUAUCCACACAGCAUCCAGCAGAAGACCAGUUUAUCAAGGGUCCGUGGGCUACUAUGAAAGCUGAGCUAUCCUUGGAUGAAAACGACCCCACCUGCUUCCUCCGAACGUACAGCGUGGUGAUGGUACUGCGCAAGGCAGCCCUGAAGCAGCUACCAAAGAACAAAGUCCCAAGAAUGGCAGUGGCUCUUAAGACAUUAACCCCUGCUAAUGGGGAUGCCAGUGCAGUGUUCAGAGACCCAACAGGGGAUAUUCAGGGAACUGUCCACCAUCUGCUGCUAGAGGAGCGAGAGAGUGAACUGAAGAUUGGUAGUGUCCUCUUGCUGCAGCAGGUCGGCGUGUUCUCACCAUCACAUCGCAAUCAUUAUCUUAAUGUGACGCCAAGCAACUUGGUAAAAAUCUACGCCCCUCAUGAAGAUGGUGUGAAAACAGGGGUGCCCAUGCCACAUGAUGAGGUGGAUUUGAACAGCAACCAGACACGGGCACCACUCGUUCCCUCGUCCAGCACAAAUCUGCCCAGUGCUGCACAAACCUCUCCUACUCCUUUGUCCAGCACAUCACAGGCCAGAGCCUUCCAGGCACCUGUAACUCACCUUCCAGGAUCACAUACACCUUCCAACACUACACGGUUAAGAAGUGCCCAACCACCAUCUUUUCAUCUGUCGUUCAGCGCAGAGAAGUCAGAAACCCCGCAGCCAGACUGGGAUUUGGAUGACCUUGACUCGAUGCUUUGUGACCUACCAGAAGACUAACGUGUGUCGAACCGGAGAGUUAAGAGUAUUUCAGCAGUGGCUGCUGGGACUUGUAAAUGUAGAAAACUAAAAGAAAUAUACUAUGCUUAAAAAGUGCUUCGGAAUAUAGAUGUGUGUCAGACCUUGCCUAAUGAGGCUCAGUUUACAUAGACCUUCAAUGUACUUUUUCAUCAUCCUAUAUUGCGAAUGAGGAGGCAGAUCUACAGAUAGCGGCACAUUGUGACAGCCCCUCUGCUCUCCCCAUUUACAUAUAGCUGCAUUCUGCUGUGGGGACUUCACGGCCUUUCCUUCUGCUUGUGGUUAGAGUAAGGCCUCAUGCACACGACCGUGUAAAAGAAAUAAAAAUAUGUGGAUCAGGUGCGGACCCUUUCUUUUUAGUGGAACCGCAAACAAUGCAGGCUGUACACAGUGCGCAAUCCGCAUACCUUUUGUCCUGUUAUUGUCCCUUUUGUGGACUGGGAUAAGGCAUUUCUGUAGAAGGUGUAAAAAAAUGGCAGUGGGCAUAUGGCCGGUGUCCAUGUUUUGCUAAUUGCAGGUUGCGGACCGCAAAACACAUUGUCGUGUGCAUGAGGCCUAACGGAUAAAUAUCAGGGGUUUAUUACUAAUGCGGUUAUAACCUGUGGCUCCUUGGCUGUUGUGAAACUACAACCCUCAGCAUGCCCCUGUUUCACAACAGCUUGAGAGCCACCACUCAUUUAUUUCCAUCCUUAUGCAGCAUGCGUAUCCACAACUUCGUGGCCUGAAAAGUUAGGGAACUUGUACUUGUAGUUUCCAGGCCUUAGUAAAUUGAUCGUCCGCAUUCAAAGGCAUGUAGGUGAGAGUGAAAAGUAAGAAGUAGUGAUGAGCGAACUUGUGUUCUUAAGUUCGCCGUACAAGGUUGAGGUUCGGGUUAUCUAAGAAUUCCGUUAUGGAUUCCGCGAACCAUAACUUAUAGUCUGUGGUAGCGGAAUCCAUAACCGAAUUCUUAGAUAACCCGAACCUUGUAUACUGUUCUUGAAACACAAGUUUGCUCAUCCCUAGUAAGAAGCCUUAUUUUUCUAUAUAUUUUGUAUUCGAAGCUGUUGUAAUAAAGUGAAUAAAUGCUUUUGAGCUGG